CCAGUACGCUUGGCGCGGCCAGGGCUAUGGAUCAACACGGAGCACGCGCCGGAGGCCCUGGAAGCGUUGGGGCUCGCAGCAGGCGACCUGGUGCAGGUCGGGGUGCUGGACGCCACUUGGGCCUCGCUGGGCUCCAAGAUCGUCCGCGUCGUGGGGGUGCCGACUCUCGACCAGGAAGGCCUCUUUCUCGAGUUCGAGAGCUUGGGCGCUUCGGACGCGUACCUCGAGUGGUACGCCCGAGCUCGGGGGGAGAGCGGAGCUCGGGCGGACGACACCCUGCUGCACGUGUGCGCCGUGCAGGCGAAGGCUUGUCGAGCGACAGGGGCUGCAGGAUCAGCAGUCGAGCACGUCAACCUGAUCCGCCUGAUAAGCGAGCAGGGGGCCAAGGCGGCGCCAGCGGCACACAGGCCUGGGCGGCGGAGGGCGCUGCCAGCCUUGAGCCCGCAUCCGGAGAUCGGGCCGACCGACGACGAGGAGGGCGGCGAGGAGGUGCCGGGGGUCCUCGAGGAGCUGCCGAAGCCGCCUGCCGAGCCUCGCCGCGCGCGGGAGCUGCUGCCGCUGCUUGGCCCGAGGAGCACGGGGCGCGCUCGUGCCGCCCUGCCGAUGCCUCGUGGUCGCCGCGCCCCGCGAGAGGACGAGCAGCCUCGUUCGAGGAGCGGGGGGCGCGGGGGUGGCGACCCGCUGGACGAGGCGUUGGGGGGCCUGGGGCGUGGAUGCGCCGACGGCGGCAGAGCGGCCGUGCUGCGGCAGCGCCGAGGGGGGCCGGGCGCCGAGGAUCGCUUGCCGGAGCCUCAGGGCGCUCGCAGCAGCCAGGGCGCGCAGACCGUGCUGGCGGCGCGCGCCGCCGAGAAGGCUGCUGCAGGGAGGCCCUCACGGGACCGCGCGGCGAGGAGUUCGUUCGAGCGGCAGCUGUGCAAGAGAUUGUUGGGGCGGAGGGCCCUGACUGGCGACCGCGAGUCGGAUGGCGAGCAGGUAGGCGACUCGGAGCACGAGAUGGACACGGACUCGCGGGACGCGAAGGGGCGGCACGACCACUUCAUCGAGCUGGCCGUUCGGAAGCCCGGACUGCUGCUCAAGAGCGGACUGGAGCAGCUGAGGAGGCAGUUUGCUGGGCGGGGGCCGUCGGGCGAGCUGCCGGCAUGCUGCGCGGCGUCCCUCGACGCGGUGUUCUUCCUCGAGCACGGGCCGAAGGCCAUCGGCGCGGCCGAGGUGCGGCUGCUGCGGGCGCUCGCACGCGUGCUGGGCUUGGGUCUGGAGGGACAGACCGCGCAGGCGCUGGACGUGGUGAUGCAGGAGUUCACGUCACGAGCCCUUGCCAUCAAGGAUGGAGGCUGGCACGCGGCGCAGUGGCUUGCCCUGGUGCCGAUGGAUGCCGAGCCGUGCGCCGCCUCGAGGACGGCCGCCACGGGGGCCGCCCGCGCACUACAGAGCGGCGCCCCCGAGCCCCCCUCCCGGCUGGCCGCGGCGCCGACGGAACCGCCGUCGAGCGAGGUCCGCCGCGCGGCCGCAGCUGCGGUCGGAGCCGGUCGCCCAGCCCCUCGGCGCGGCCGCGGGAAGGGCGGGCGAGGCCGCCCUGGCGGGCGCGGAGCGGCGCCGCCGCCGCAGCCGCCGCUGGCCGAGGGCGACGAGCCAGAGCGGCGCGCGGCGAUGGCCGAGGAGGCGGCGGCGCCCCGGGCCGCGGGCCAGCCGUCGCACAAGGAGCUGAAGGCGCAGCGCCCCAGGCACGAGAAGGAGACGAAGAGGGCCUACAGCGUCAGGAUGGCAAAGCUGAUGAAGCAGACGGGGGCCGAAACGAGGACUCGUCUGGAGUACAUCGCAAAGUUGAUCGACACCUGCCGCGGGGGCCCAGGGUCUUUCCAGGUGGUGGGGGACGUGUUCAGGGGCGGCAGGGCGCUCGACCACGACAUCGAGCUUAUCUGCAGGGGGUGCUGCGAAGAGCUCGAGUGGGUCAUCAUCUGCGGGCUCAACUUCGCGGCUGGGGGGCGGGGGGGCGGAUCUCCCGCGCCCCGGCCUCGUUUGGUCAGCCUUGCCCAGCGGGCCGCUUGGGGCCUCAUUGGCGAGGCCGUGGCCUACUGCAGCAGGGGGCCGCUCGCCGCGCAUGAGGAGCUAGACUGGGGCGAGGUCGCGCAGGCAAAGGCCGUCGCCUAUAACGGACAGGAGGUCGAGCAAGGCUGCCCAUUGGCGCAGGGCAGGCUCCUCCCGGGGGUGCCUGCGGCAGGACUUCUGGGGCCUGUCAGCGCCCUGGACCUCGAGGGCCCGCGUGUGCUGAAGUGGCCCCUGGGCCCGGCGACCCUGCUGAAGCCCCCUUCAGAGUGGCCGACGGAGUUGCCGAGGGCGUCGGCGCAGGCGGCGAGCGACGAGGAGGAGUACUGCAUCUGCGAGCACCUCUUCCGAGUAGGAAUCUUCGAGCAAAUCGAGGAGGAGGCCAUCUUCAGCAUCGACGGGGCACCCGGUCGGGCAGAGGCGCUCGCCGUCGUUAAGAAGGGGGCCCCCGCGACAAGCCUCUCGAAGGUCACGCGCCAAAUCGUCUACAUCGUACACCAGGGCGCUUACCAGCGCAUCGCCGAGACCGACCUGGACAGCCUGACGCCGAGCUCGUCGUGGACGGGCUUCGUCCUGUGCGAGGGGCAGGCGCUCUCGGGGUCGUCGGAUGACCAGUCAGGCGCCUUCCACUUGUACUUGCUGCCACCGCAGUGGCGCGGCUACGUGGCGGUGCGGAAGCAGGUGCCUGGCGGCUGCGUAGGCUGGCCCGACUCCAAGUGGGUCCGCAAGUCCGUUGCCGCGAUCCCGAUGGGAUGGCUAUCUGCGGUCGGCCAGCCGCAGCACCUCGAUCGCCGGCUGGGCGACGGGCCGCGCAGCGCCGGGUUUGCGGAGUCCAGCGAGUGGAGGCGCGACCAGCCGCUUCCGCUGCUCUCACGGAAGCUGCAGCAGGCCUCGGCUCAGCACUACCUGGAUGACUUCGGCGCGCCCGAGGUUGCGCCCGAGAGCGUCGCCAUCAUGAUCGAGGACACGAUCGGAGAGUACCCGCUCAAACAGCGAGAGGUCUGGGCCGUCCCCGAGCUCAGAGCGGCAACCGCUAGUGCGGUAAAGGCGCUCGUGAAGCCGUUUGAGCUGCCAGCUGAGGCGCUCGCUGGGCUGCUCUCAGCGGAGCGCCUCCUCCCGCUGGGCCACGCCGACGCACGGGCAGCGCUCGGCGCGGUUGUGCUGGGCACCGACGCGGGCGAGGAGGGCGGCAACCUGUGCUACACGACGGGCCUCGCCCAGCACGGGGCCCAGGCUGCAGCGCA